AUGAACAAGGACUUCUUUGUCGAGUCAACCCGCUCCAACAUCAAGAAGGGCAUGCCGAACAUCAAAGACUGGGACUUCAAGAUAGAUCUUAGUGAAUGGCAGCUUGAGAGCUCGGAAUCGGGGAGAAGAGCCACUACUCCCGACAUGACUGUUCUCGGCAGAACCAUCACAGGACUUAUCAAUGAGUUCCACACAAACCCAGCGCCCUUUAUGGGUUCGAAGACCAUCAUCCAAGGCAUCAAAGACGCGAACCUCUAUGUAACACUGAAUGUGAAGAAUUUCACAAUCACGGAUGUCAUUACUGCCGCCAGAUAUGCUAUCGACGGAAGCUUCCCACAAGGCACGGGCGGCAUCUACAUACGCUACCAUACCUCCACCUCCGCGGCUGUUGACUUUAGAGAUCGCUUCGACAGCUCCUUAUCCACUACGAGCUCUUACGGCGAUUUAGCUCGCGAUUCCCAGCAACUCCUCUCGUCGGCACUCUGCGUUAUGAGUGAGACAGACAUCAUUGACUUUGCAUACCUCGUCGAACAGAUCUUUGUUUGUUUGUUUCAAUCCUAUAAGUCAAAUGUCCUCGCCGAUCUGGGUGGCACUGCUGGUUUCGCCGAUGAUAUCGAGCACGUUGAGGCCAUCCAAGCCGCCUUCUAUUUCAGGAAAGUCUCAGAAAAGGUGUUCGGUGAAACUCACUGUCCUGGUGCCAUCAACCGAUCAUCGUUUGGUGUGUCCCACGGCGCAAACUACAGCAUGCCAUUCAAAGACUGGAAUGUGACCAAAGAACAACUCCUAUUCCUUCGUCAUGAUACGUUUGUCAAAUGCAAGAACACCGGGGCCACUAUUCCUAUAACGGUGUUCAGGAGAGCCAAAUCGAAGAUCGCGAAAUACAAUCACAAGAACAGCGGUAGCCCUGAGGCCUACGACAUAAUGUGCGCCUUCCAGAAGUACCAAGCCGGGAGGUCCUUCUUCAGUGUCUGUCAUUCGCAGAAAGUCCUUGACGGAUCAAUGGGGCCUCGUCAGGAUGAGCCCUACCAGCUCCUAUUUGAAGUCCGGACGGAUGGGCAAGCUCGUCCCUUUGCUUGGUCACGCCUUCCCGUUAUUGGUACAUUCCAGAACUGGGACCAAGGCCGCUCGCUAGCGGUACGUAUCGAGUGGGAGUAUCCGCCAAAAUCUGGGGAGUGGAGGUACCGUUACCUAUACGCCCACAAAGUGUAUACGUUCGAAGACAAACACAUGCCGGGCUCGCACGUUAACUACAUCAAGACCAUUGCUAUGGUUCAGUGGCUGUUCAAUGCGGUGCCAAACAAGCCACAGCCAUGGAUGCCACGCUUGAGAGGCUAUGCUCAUGUUCUCCAAACCGUCUACAACGGCCAUACUCAGACUAUCGAAGUCAAGCUUCAAAAACCCUUUACUAUGCGCAGCGGAGCACUCAAACCAAAGGCCAGUAUCGUCGCAGCUAUGAACGCAUUCGGCCUGGAUAACGUGGACGGUCCAUUUCGCCAGCACCAGACAUGCGACGGAUGCGCCAUGUUAAGCCCAGAAACUAUCCAAUCCUUGGGGUACACAUGCAUCCAGAUCCCGGGCACAGACUGCUGUCUGAUUUGUAUGCUGUUCGGUCGCCCUUGCUGCAGCUGGACUGAGAACGGAGCUGUUAGAGGGGGCAGUGCAUACUCAACUGGGAUGAUCACAGGCGAGGUUUCGACCGAGGGGAAUGUGACAUCUACGGAUGUCGCCUUGAACCGGAAAUAUCGAGCUGCCCUUCAUUGCCAGCCCAUACCCAAGAGCGAUGUACAAGGUCAGUUUUUCAGUCAACAACUGAUAGAUGUGAUGAACCUUACCAGGCUGGAGGACGACCUGAGCGACGUCGAAGAUGCAGAUGGAGAUCUUGAAGAUGAGGGAGACGAAGACUUUGAAUAUUGA